AUGGCGCACUGGGGGCCCUCGCGCGCCCCGAAGGGCCCCGGCCCCACCGCCCGAGCCCCGAGCCCUGGGGCUCCGCCGCCGCUGCGCUCGCCGCGCUCGCGGCCGCUCCUGCUGCUGCUGCUGCUGCUGCUGGGCGCCUGCGGGGCGGCGGGGCGCUCCCCCGAGCCCGGGCACCUGGGUCCUCAUGUCCAACUGACCCGGGUGCCACGGAGCCCUCCCGCGGUACGCGCGGAGCCCGGUGGUGGCGAGGACCGGCAGGCGCGCGGCACGGAGCCCGGGGCCCCGGGUCCGAGUCCCGGUCCUGCUCCGGGUCCCGGUGAGGAGGACAGUGCCACCGCCCCGGGCUACCGGCGCUGGGAGCGGGCGGCGCCGCUGGUCGGAGUGGCUUCCCGGGCUCAGGUCUCGCUCAUCAGCACGUCGUUCGUGCUCAAGGGGGACGCAACGCACAACCAGGCGAUGGUGCACUGGACGGGCGAGAACAGCAGCGUGAUCUUGAUCCUGACGAAGUACUACCACGCAGACAUGGGGAAGGUUCUGGAAAGUUCGCUGUGGCGGUCGUCGGAUUUCGGGACGUCCUACACCAAGCUCACCCUCCAGCCUGGCGUCACCACCGUCAUUGACAACUUCUACAUCUGCCCGACCAACAAGAGGAAGGUCAUCCUUGUCAGCUCCUCACUCAGUGACCGGGACCAGAGCCUAUUCCUCAGUGCGGACGAAGGCGCCACCUUUCAGAAGCAGCCCAUUCCCUUCUUCGUGGAUACUCUGAUUUUCCACCCUAAGGAGGAGGACAAGGUGCUCGCCUACACAAAGGAGAGCAAGCUCUACGUGUCAUCUGACUUGGGGAAAAAGUGGACACUUCUGCAAGAGCGAGUGACUAAAGACCACGUGUUCUGGGCUGUGUCUGGGGUGGACGCUGACCCUGACUUGGUCCACAUGGAAGCCCAGGACCUCGGUGGAGGUUUUCGGUACAUCACCUGCCCGAUCCACAACUGCUCCGAGAAGCUGCUGGCAGCCCCAUUCGCAGGCCCCAUUGACCACGGGUCUCUGACUGUGCAGGACGAUUACAUCUUCUUUAAGGUAACAUCAGCAAACCGGACAAAAUACUAUGUCUCUUAUCGCCGCAAUGAAUUUGUCCUGAUGAAGCUGCCGAAGUAUGCAUUGCCAAAGGAUCUGCAGAUCAUCAGCACGGACGAGAGUCAGGUGUUCGUGGCGGUGCAGGAGUGGUACCAAAUGGACACCUACAACCUGUACCAGUCGGACCCGCGCGGCGUGCGCUACGCGCUGGUCCUGCAGGACGUGCGCAGCUCGCGGCAGGCGGAGGAGAGCGUGCUCAUCGACAUCCUGGAGGUCAGAGGGGUGAAAGGAGUCUUCCUGGCAAACCAAAAAAUUGAUGGGAAAGUGAUGACACUUAUAACCUACAACAAGGGCCGUGACUGGGAUUACCUGAGGCCACCCAGCAUGGACAUGAAUGGAAAACCAACCAACUGCAAGCCUCCAGACUGCCACCUGCACCUGCACCUGCGCUGGGCAGACAACCCCUAUGUAUCAGGCACCGUGCACACCAAGGACACUGCCCCAGGCCUCAUCAUGGGGGCAGGUAACCUGGGCUCGCAGCUGGUGGAAUAUAAAGAAGAAAUGUACAUCACGUCAGACUGCGGUCACACCUGGCGGCAGGUGUUCGAGGAAGAGCAUCACAUCCUGUACCUGGACCAUGGCGGCGUGAUCGUGGCCAUCAAAGACACCUCCAUCCCCUUGAAGAUCCUCAAGUUCAGUGUGGACGAGGGCCUCACCUGGAGCACGCACAACUUCACCAGCACCUCGGUGUUUGUGGACGGACUGCUAAGCGAGCCGGGGGACGAGACGCUGGUCAUGACGGUCUUUGGUCACAUCAGCUUCCGCUCCGACUGGGAGCUGGUCAAGGUGGACUUCCGGCCCUCAUUCUCCAGGCAGUGUGGCGAGGAGGACUACAGCUCCUGGGACCUCUCCAACCUGCAGGGCGACCGCUGCAUCAUGGGCCAGCAGAGAAGUUUCCGGAAGAGAAAGUCCACGUCCUGGUGCAUCAAAGGGAGGAGCUUCACCUCAGUGCUCACGUCCCGCGUGUGCGAGUGCCGGGACUCGGACUUCCUGUGCGACUACGGAUUUGAGCGCUCCCCGUCCUCAGAGUCCAACACCAACAAGUGCUCUGCCAACUUCUGGUUUAAUCCAUUGUCCCCGCCUGACGACUGUGCCCUGGGCCAGACCUACACCAGCAGCCUUGGGUACCGGAAAGUGGUGUCCAACGUGUGUGAGGGUGGGGUGGACCUGCAGCAGAGUCCGGCGCAGCUGCAGUGCCCCCUCACGCCGCCCCGGGGCCUGCAGGUCAGCAUCCAAGGCGAGGCGGUGGCUGUGCGGCCUGGAGAGGAUGUCCUGUUUGUGGUGCGGCAGGAGCAGGGCGACGUCCUGACCACCAAGUACCAGGUGGACCUUGGGGACGGCUUCAAGGCCAUGUACGUGAACCUUACACUGACCGGGGAGCCCAUCCGGCACCGCUAUGAGAGCCCCGGCAUCUACCGCGUGUCCGUCAGGGCAGAGAACAUGGCGGGCCACGAUGAGGCAGUGCUCUUUGUCCAGGUCAACUCCCCCCUGCAGGCCCUCUACCUGGAGGUGGUUCCCGUCAUUGGCAUCAGCCAGGAGGUGAACCUCACAGCUGUGCUGCUCCCCUUGAAUCCCAACCUCACCGUCUUCUACUGGUGGAUCGGCCAUAGCUUGCAGCCCCUCCUUUCCCUGGAUAAUUCUGUGACAACGCGGUUUUCGGACACGGGCGACGUGCGUGUGACGGUACAGGCCGCCUGUGGGAACUCGGUGUUGCAGGACUCCAGGGUCCUCCGUGUGCUGGAUCAAUUUCAGGUCGUGCCUCUGCAGUUUUCCAAGGAGCUGGAUGCCUACAACCCCAACACGCCUGAGUGGAGGGAAGACGUGGGCCUGGUGGUCACCCGGCUGCUCUCCAAGGAGACCGGCGUCCCUCAGGAGCUGCUGGUGACCGUGCUGAAGCCGGGGCUGCCCACUUUGGCCGACCUUUAUGUGCUCCUGCCCCCUCCCAGGCCCACGAGGAAGAGGAGCCUCUCGAGUGAUAAGAGGCUCGCCGCCAUCCAGCAGGUGCUGAAAGCACAGAAGAUCAGCUUCCUCCUGCGAGGCGGGGUCCGGGUCCUGGUGGCCCUGAGGGACACAGGCACAGGUGCUGAGCAGCUGGGCGGCGGCGGUGGUUACUGGGCGGUAGUGGUGCUGUUUGUCAUCGGGCUCUUCGCGGCAGGCGCGUUCAUCCUCUACAAGUUCAAAAGGAAACGGCCGGGUAGGACCGUGUACGCCCAAAUGCACAACGAGAAGGAGCAGGAGAUGACCAGCCCCGUGAGUCACAGUGAGGACGUCCAGGGCGCUGCCCAGGGCAACCACUCCGGCGUGGUCCUGAGCAUCAACUCCCGAGAGAUGCACAGCUACCUGGUGAGCUGA